GGAACUUUCCUUACUGGGAAGUAUAAAGGAACUCUUCUUAUUGCCACUGGGGUUGAUGGAAAUUUAAGUAUUUUUCCCUUAGCAUUUGCAUUAGUUGAAGGGGAGAACAACCUAAGUUGGGCAUGGUUCUUUGACCAGCUACACGCCCACGUCACACAAAGAAUGGGUAUUACAAUUAUAUCAGAUCGACAUGCCGGGAUUAAACACGCCGUCCGUGGUUUCCCGGACGAAUGGGGAUGGACAUGGCGUUGGUGUAUUCGUCACUUCCUAGCCAAUUUCCAACACAAAUUUGGCAAGAAGAAAGACAUAAGAGAUCAAUUGUGGAGUGCAGCGGUUGCACAUCAACCAAAAAAGUACGAGCAGAAGAUGAAGACGAUCCGUCAAAUACACCGGGCGGGAGCAGUAUGGGCAGAAGGUCAAGAUCUGCACAUGUGGACAUUUCACAUGGACAACGGGGCUAGAUUUGGAAUUGCAACUACCAACCAUGGCGAGAGCAUAAAUGGAGUCUACAAGAGCAUUAGGGCAAUGCCUGUAUCUGUCCUAGUUGAGAUGACAUACUGGAAGGUAAACGAGUGGUUUGUGAAGAGGCGGGAUGCUGCUAUUGGGAGGGAGCGUGCUGGUCAUUCAAUAGCUAAGCAUAUAUUUGAUGGCAUGCAGAAGAUCGAAGAGAAAUCAAGUAAGCACAGAGUUGUUCUGUUCAACCGCAAUGAAGGUAUUUUUGCUGUGCAAACAGGUAUUUGGGGUGGAGGAAGACGUGGGCAUAAUCGUCAAUCUGUUACUCUACACGUAGAAACGCGCACCGGAGAGUGUACAUGCCAAAAGUAUCAAAACAGAAGAGUACCUUGUUCACAUGCAAUGGCAGUAGCUAAGUCGAUAACCCUCAGCGCUUACAGUUUGGUUAGUCCUUACUACACGGAACAGGCGAUCAGGAACUCCUACUCGUCAAGUUUUAGCCCCCUGCCG